UGCCUCCGCAAACCAUUCUGCACUAUAGAUUUAUCUGUAUAUCAUGCGUGGCAGGUAUACAAAUGCUCUCCGUCCAGCCGGACACCAAGCCAAAAGGCUGUGCCGGCUGCAACCGGAAGAUCAAGGACCGCUACCUGCUGAAGGCCCUCGAUAAGUACUGGCACGAGGACUGCCUCAAGUGUGCCUGCUGCGACUGCAGGCUGGGUGAGGUGGGCUCCACACUCUACACCAAAGCCAACCUCAUCUUGUGCCGGAGAGACUACCUACGGUUGUUUGGCGUAACGGGGAACUGCGCAGCCUGCAGCAAGCUAAUUCCAGCCUUUGAGAUGGUCAUGAGGGCCAAGGAGAACGUCUACCACCUGGACUGCUUCGCGUGCCAGCUUUGCAAUCAGAGGUUUUGUGUGGGAGACAAGUUUUUCCUGAAGAACAACAUGAUUCUGUGCCAGACAGACUACGAGGAAGGGCUGAUGAAGGAGGGCUACGCUCCCCAGGUCCGCUGACCCUCGUAGACCAGCGAGAAGGAAGAGGAGGAGGAAGAGGAGUGGGAGAAAAAGAGAGAGACUGAAGGAGAGCUUGCAAUCACACAACAAAAAGCACUAUUGCCUCCUGUCCAGCUCCUGUCCCCCACAUGUACAUAACUAAGCAAGCUUCCCUGGGAGGGGAGGGGACACACUCUGCUGUACAGAAUAGCCAUAGAGACGCCAGUGUGGCAUUGAAAGGCCCCGGAAGCCUACAACAAACUACAAGUGUGAAAAAAAUAUUUUGGCCAUUUCUUUGUUUGUGACAGAUGCUGCCUCUUUCCUCCUGGCCGACAAACAUCGGCUUCAGAGCAAUUUCUUACCAACAAGCUGAUCCCUUUUCCCGUUGGAAAGCAAAAAAAAAAAAAAAAUGAACCCACCCAAAAGCAGUCUUGUCUCAUCUUACCUGACAAGGACAGACAACUUGUACUUGAAUCUAAAACA